UGUGAUUUCUACUCAUCGUUUGUGAGCGUUGUUUCUGAAUGGAGAAGUAAGGAAAAUGGUGAGGAUUUUCGGUGUGCUCAAGGCAUGCCCAAUAUGAUGAUGGAUGAUGUGAAACUUCUUUCACAUGCUAGAGAGGUAUAUACCAUUGAAAUAUAUUAUAUGUUUGAGGAACAAUUCUUGAAAGGUGCUGCUUGUCAUCAAGAUAGUGUUUUCGACGAUGGCUGUCAUUUGAAGUAUCAUGUUUGGCGUCCUGAUAAAGAUAUUAUAAGGCAUGAAGUUAGUUUUAAGCCUACCAAUUUGGAUAUUUCUUGCAGUUGUGGACAAAGAAAGUUGCUGAAGGCAAGGCUGUUGAUAUGGGUUCUUUGUCUUCUAAUGUUGGUGUUGCUCCUUCAAUUUGGGUUGUUGAGAUGACUAGGAAGUUUCAAAGACUAAUUGUUUCUUGUCAAGACAACAGUGCAGCUAGACAGCGUUGUGAAGAAGCUUUUCAAAGUGCAAAGAAAAGUGUUGAAAGCGAGGUUGGUUAUGUUCAUAUUGAAGAGUCUGAUGUCCCAUCUUCAAGUGGUAUUGUACAAGAUCCAUCAAGCCGGAGAUUGAAAGGUGAGCGUAAUAAGAGGCGAAGUAGUAUUAUUGAAAAGAAGUCUGCUGUAGCUAGGGGGCGAAAGAGUUCUGCAAACAAGGUUGCUUCAAUUACAAAGGGUGUUGUU